AUGGUCAGCUGCUGCUCUGUCAUCGUCCAGACAGACAGAGAUGCAAAGAAGGUGCCACCCGAGGUGAAGGAGGCGGAGCCUGCCCAGGUGAAGCCAAAGGAGGUGGAGCCUGGCCAGAUGAAGCUAAAGGAGGCGGAGCUUGCCCAGGUGAAGAUGAAGGAGAGGCAGAAGUUCUUUGAAGAGGCAUUCCAGCAAGACAUGGAUCAGUACCUGUCCACCGGCUACCUGCAGAUCAGUGAGAGGAGAGGGCCUUGCUGCUUAGGAAGCUUUUCGUCCAUGGAGGUGAACGUGGACAUGCUGGAGCAGAUGGACCUGUCUGACCAUGAGAGCCUUGACGUCUUCCUCCUCUCUGGGGGAGAGGACAACAACGCUGCCUCCCCCAUGCUAGGUCCAGAUGUUGACUCAUUAACCACAGAGAUCACCCUGCAGGUUCCCACCCAGGCUGAGCUAGGAAACAAGCUGUCCUCCCUCUCCUCCACAUGCACUGACAGCCAGGACACAGAGGCUGGGGACGAUGACGAAGAGGAUGAAGGGGGCAGGGAGGACAGCAGCCACCGUCCUGUUGGGGUGCAGAGGUUCCCCCCAACACUGUCCUAG